AGAACCGUCGUGAUCUAUCCAUUUGCGAACACGCGAAUGGAUCCGUUCAUCCACUAUAACUGUUACAUCAUACCUACCACUCAUCCUCAUCCAAUAUAUAUAUAUAAUACUAAUGCUUCUGCAAUUGUUUCAGAUCGCAAUCGGAGAUGCCCAGGAUUACGAAGUAAGUGAAAUCCAAUGCACAUUCGCCAGCGGUAAUGGCAUGGGAACUAGGGAUCUGAUCGUGGCUAAACUGAAGAAACCGGAUGGAUUCAAAGGCGCACCACUCUUCGCGGAUGACAGAGCAGUAGACCCGGAAGCGGAUCCGUUAUGUCAGAUACGACCGGAUACUGCGGACCCAGCGGGUCUCAAGUACAAUCUACGAAUAUCUGACUUCACCCAUUGCGGCGUAUUAAAGAGAAACGGUUUCGUGCACGUGAGGAUCUGGUUCCCGCAGUUCCCCGGCGUCGUGAUGCAAUCCGACCAGGAGUUGAUCAUCAUGUGCAAACCACCGGAGUCGACGGUCAUCGAAAACAAAGCUGCAGGUUUCGCUGGUAGUUUUCCGCACAGUGCAAGGGUUUCGGGGGUCGUCGAGGAGACGCCGGGUCGUUUGGAAUACGAGGUUGCGUUGUACAAAGAGGCGCCGGCCGCCCGCAUCCACAACUCCACGAACAGCGAACUUCCCGUUGAUCAGGCCGUUCCCAUCGGCACCAAAUUGCAGUUGCGUGCCCGCAUCUCGCCGGAAUCCGCAUGGAAGUAUGUCAAGCUGAUGGAGGUUACCGUCAGCCCGGACCCAGAUGACCCACACAUGGGCGGAAGCGUCGCCCUCGUCAAAGACGGAUGCAGGAACCGCGAUUUCGCUUCGAUAAUUCCACACCAACCAGCAAGAUACCGUGAAAGACACAACGAGGUCUUCCUCGACUUCGAGGCUUUCCUCCUUUCCACCAUGAAGGAGCGUUCGACGCUUUGGAUCCACUCUCAGAUAAAAGCGUGCAUGGACGCCGCCGAUUGCCAACCGGACUUCUGCUUGGACCUCUUCGAGCCUUCCGGUCACGGGAAACGCAGGAAACGGAGGACCGUUGAAGAAGUGGAGAUCGUGCCGCAGCAUCUGCAGGACCAGUACAAUAACACCACGCAGUACACGAAGUUCAAGGAGAACAUCGAGUACACGGUGCUGAUGCCCGGAGAGUUUUACCAUCGGACAGCUGCAAUCGAGAGCUCCUGCAACAGUUUCCUUGCAAUCGCAGCAAUCUUGGGAUGCCUUCUCUUCAUGUCCGCAUUCGUCAUGUGCUGGUUAGCCUCAAGGCUGCACAGCACGCUCGUCGGGGCUGCAAACACCCACAAGAAUUUGGAUCAAUUCGUGCGCGACGCUCGGAACUUCGAGGGCGGAUACACAGGAAGAGCCACAACACAAUAAGACGAUCAUCUUAGAUUUUAGGAGAUGAGCGACUUGGUGAUUGGAAACUAAUUAGGCUUUACACCAAAAUUCCCUCGAGGCACAGACUUCGAGACCUUUUUAUUCAGUAUUAAAGCAAUGAAAAUUAUCAUUUACCUAGAUUAGAGAAAGACAUAUUCCUUCCCCUUUAUAUUUGUUGUUGUACAUAGUCAUCGAGUUUUUAGUAGACGCAAUUUAUGAUUUCUGGUGCUUAGGUUUUAUUUCUCAGAUUUUGUUUCGUCGAUGUACGUGCAUUCAAAAUCGCGGAGAGAAAUUUUGAAUGCGUGCAGUGUCCGCCCCCCCUCACUCCAAUUGUAUAGCUUUCCUUCAAUUUUCAAUAUUGGGGAUAAAUUAUCGCGGAAAUGUUUAUGAAUGCGCGAAAACCAAGAUUGUAACGUUUCCCCUCGCACAUAAUUUAUCUCCAAUAAGCGGGUAUAUUUAUUUAUUUAUAUUAUUUAUUUUACGUAAUUAGAAUUACUCAGAA